CAUCUGCCGGGCUGGAAUAGGGUAUUUGAAUUGCAAGCACUUAUAUAAUACACAAUUCUGCACAGGAUCCAGUCUGGAUUGUAGACUGUCUGUGAUGAUGGCAGAAGGUACAGUGUGUAUUAAUUAGCUCUGGGUUUGAAACUGAAGAAAAAGCCUUUAUUGAACCUCCUGUUGAUGUCAGCUGUGUAGUGCCUCCAGCAGAAAACAUGUUUUGUGAGUUUAUUGUGUCAGCACAGAGCUGACAUAGGCACAGGAGGCAGAGACACAGCUGGCAUGGCAAACACAUCUUACCUUGGACCUGGUGAUGUCUGGAAUCUGUUUCUUACCCUGCUAGGGAGAUCACAGGGCCAUCAUGUGCAGGGAAACCAGGAGCUGAGGGCACUGGAAAGGUGCCUGAAUUCGUAAGUGUUGAAACAGCUUUCCAGUGACUGUCACACACUUCAGCUUGUCCUGACGUGUAAGGAGAGACGAGCAGGAAGAAUGGGGGAAGAACAAGCCCAGGGAUCUGAAGCCUCAGCCAUGACUGAUGAACUCAUCAUAAAGCCACUGACUGAAAGGAAGAGAGAUUCAGACAAAGAAUCUGUGUUAAACGUGAUCAAAAAUUCCGAUGCACAGUUUAACCUUGAGGCUGCAAUUAAAAAUGUUGACAAAAUGUCCAAUGAGCUGAAGAAAAUAAACGUGGAAAGCCAGCUACUGCUUUGUGAUCUGAUUUUGAAUUUCAAUCAUCCUGUGAGGGCCAAAGAUUUAAGAGAAGCUGAAGAAAAGACUUGGAAUUUAACAGAUUAAAUAUUUUCAUCACCCACCUCAGGAGGAUGAGCCCAACAAACUGACCUUUGCUUAGCAAGGAGCUGGGUUCAGAGCCAGAAAUGCUGCAAACCAAUGCAGAGAACACUUAGGAGACCUCAACAGAGCUGUCUUCUGAGCAAAGACUGAAAAAAAAAAAGUUUGCUAAGUCUGAGAAAGGGAAGUUGGAGAUGAUGGAAGGAAAAAAGGAGAUAAACUUUGUGACUUUGGGUGAUGUCAGUCAGCUGUUCUCAUGACCUGCGAAGGGCUUUGCUAGCAAGAAAAGCUGCUGCAAGCUUGAGAAGGAGGAACUGGGGACUGAAGAACUCUCCUCCAGUAUUUGGGCUGCUCAGUUCAGGAGCUGCCAAACAGGGUCAGCUGUACUGUGACACAGAAGGGACCAAAAGGACACCUGGAAAUGAUGUUCUGUUUUGGACAUGACCCUUCUGUACUAACAGUGUCUUCCAGUACAGAACACUGCAGUGAACACAGAGGUUUUGCACCUGAAUUUGCCAGUUUGACGGAACCAUUGGAGCUUAAGGUAAAGAUGAAGCAAGUUAAAACCACACCCUUUAGUCUGGGCUAACUGCUCAAGCCCUUCCCACCUGUGCUGUCAAAAAGCAGAUUUCCUCCCCCAGCUCCAGGCCAGCCUGCUGCCCAGGGGGAGCUGCCAAGACCUCGGCUCUGCAAGGUUCCAGUUACCCCCAAGGCUUUUUUCCACCAGCCCAGUUCUCCUUUGCCAGAACAGCUCCUGCUCUGGCUGCCACCCCAUCCCUGCCCCUCCUGUCCCCUCUGCACCACUGCAGGACUGGGCUGUGCUGGGGAAGCUCCCAUCUCCACUGGAAACCAGAGUCUGUUCCUGGAUGGAGCUGAAGCCUGAGACCUUCUCAGGAAAAGAUUUUGUCAAUCCUGAAAGUUUUCAAGAGUGCAUUUCACAGACCAGAAAAUACACAGGUGACUCGGAGAAAACUGCUGCUAGUCAACAUCAUCUUGGGUACUUGGGUGAGCAGAGCCUAUUUCAGUAGUCCAGUCUUUCCUCAUGUCUUUACGAAUCCGGAUCGCUAGUGAAUUUUUCCUUGUGGAAGCCUUGGUUUGAAAGACAGGUAGAAGACGGUUUUGUGAGAUACUGGUCAUUAUCUGGACCUGCAAGAUCCUAUGGUGCUGCUUUGGGGCCUUAUGGAAUGAGUAUAGCCUGGCAAGUGACAGUGCUGUGGAGAGUUUGGAAUUGUUCUUUGGAACAGGGGAGCUGCAUUCCUGUGCCAGAAGUGCUGAGCUGACACAGCAGGAGGAACCAGAGCUGUUGUUAAUAGAUCCACUGGGGAGCAUUAGAGGUGAAAUGACCCCGAAUGAGUGGUGUUUGUAAAUAAAAUCAUGUAGGGCCUAUUUUAGAACCAUUUAGAAGCAGCAAAAGCAGGGAUGAAGCUCUCUCCACCUGUGGAUCCAGUAACUAGACUUGAUUGCUGCAAUUUUGAUGUCUGCUGGUCUGAGUGAUGGUCACAAUCCUGAUCCAUCGGGGGUGGGGGAAAGCCCGAGAAACACCAGUUAGUACAGAUUUUGGUUUAGAUGGAACACGAGGCUAUCUCCCCUGGGGAGGGGAAUUCUGCACUGUCUGAAGGGUCUUUGAUAGUCUAUAACGCUGAGCCUGUUAUGCCCCAUCAGAAGGGAUAAAAGCUUUCAGAAGGGAUAAAGGCUUUCAGCCCCAAGCGGGUGAAUGUCCCGUGUGAAUGUUACCCUUCCUUGGGGGAGGGGGAGGACACUGACAUGAAAACAAGCACCGUGGUCUGUCUGGCCUUCCUCUUCAUCAGGCUCAGACCCCAGAGCCUCUGUGCACCCCCUCUGCCUCAUGCAGAUCAGGUUUCACCACCACGCCCGCAAAAACCCUGCUACUCGCCCUGGACCGGCGCCAGCAAAGCCCCGGGUGUCUCCACAGACGGGCGCCUGUUGAGACAAUCGCCGUGACCAGUCCAGUCUCUCACACAGGUGUGCCUUGUCAUGCAGAGGAGAUUUAGGCCAAUGCGCUCUCCUGUGCAUCAGACAUUGCUUGAACGAUUUGUUUCAGUAAUAAAAUAAAUUCUGAGCUCCGCCAAAAUCGCCUUUAUUAGCAGGUAUUGGAACAAGCAGCACGAAGCCUUCCAGCUCUGCAAGUAUGACACUUGCAAACCCGGCAUAUCUUUUCGGUUGUUAUCUGAGGUCUAAUUGCACUGGUGAUCGGACUAGAUGGUCUUGAGGGUCUCUUCCAACCUUGACGCUUCUGUUAACGAGAGUUUGGUGGUGCUGCUGCCAUGCACACCAAAGGACAAGCACAAGAAGGAGAGGGCAGAGCGAGGCCAGACCCCCGAGGGGCGGGCGGGUGCUGCGGGGGGGUCGGUCCGGGGUGGAGCGGUGCGGGGGGCGGUGCUGGGACCUUUCCUGCCCCGGCCCGGACAGCGAGAACGGCGGGAAGGGCAGGAACGGCACGAGGGAUGGCGAUGGACGAGAAGACCUGGACCAAUGGAAUCAACGAGGCCAGCAAGAUGGCCCUGCUGGCCUGGAAGAAGGAGACCGGCAUCGAGCUGGUGCAAAUCAACGGGCAGAGGCACUACGGAGGGCCCCCCCCAGGCUGGGAGGGCGGCCCGCCGCCGGCUGGCACCGAGGUGUACAUCGCCAGGCUGCCGCAGGACGUCUACGAGAACACCCUGAUCCCGCUCUUCGGGAGCGUGGGGAAGCUCUACGAGUUCCGCCUCAUGAUGACCUUCAGCGGGCUCAACCGCGGCUUCGCCUACGCCAGGUACGCCUCCCUGCAGGAGGCCCAGAGAGCCAUCGCCACCUUCCACCGCUUCCCGCUGCGCCAGGGCUGCGCCAUCGUGGUGUGCUGGAGCACGCAGAAGCGCGAGCUCGUUCUGAACGGCCUGCCCGCCUCGGUGAGCCAGCAGAAGCUGGAGGCCAGGCUGCAGAUGGUCACCGAGGGGCUCUGCAGUGUCACCCUGCACGCCAGCCCCUGCCAGAGGCAGGCCAAGCUCGCUGUGCUGGAGUACGGGUCGCACAACGCUGCUGCCCUGGCCAAGAAAGCCCUGAUGGAAGGAAACCUGAGGCUCAAGAAAGAAGGUGUGAGGGUGGACUGGCUGGACCCCCAACUGAAGAAGAAGCUGCAGCUCUAUGAGAAGCCAUCACCCAGCUGCGUGCAGGGAGGUGAGAGCCUGGCAGUGCCCAGGCCUGUGUCCGCGCCUCUGUCGCUGCAGGAUGUGCUGGAGUACCUGAACAUGGUGUGCUGGAAGCAUCGCCUGAGGACACCCCUGUUCAUCACCAAGUGUGUCCAGGUGAACCCCAACGGGUGGCAGAAGUUCUGGUACCAGGUGGUGAUCCCGGGAUACCAUGCACCCAUCAGUGGCUUCACUUGGGUCUCGCCAGACAGGGCCGGACAGGGCCAGAGCAAGCAGGAGAAGGCCAAGGUGGUGGCAGCCCUGCACGUUCUCUGGGUGUUAGGGUGCCAGCUGAAGUAGGCAGCCGCUGUGCUGGAGCCACGAUUGAGCCUGAGCCCUGCUGAGGGCCCGGCCCUGUUCCACCCUUCCUUCGGUUUGUUUGGUUUGAGAGCUGGCUCUGGAGGAUAAGGGCUGCUGUCCUGGUCCAUGGCAGCCGCCCUGUCCUGGGCAGCCCUUGAGUUGGUUCUAGUUUUGGGUUGUCAGUUUUCUUGCCAAGUUUGGCUUCUGUUCAACUGGUUUGUGUUGUGUUGGAGGGGCAGAUCCUGGAGAAGCAGCAGCUCUUGUGGGUGGGCUGCCAGCACUGGAUGCCAGUGAGGGAAUUCCACUGGCAUACCUGGUUCCUGAGGAGCAGCCUCGGGAGAGGAUAAGGCCACACACGGGACGUGUCCCAGUGGUCGCAGUUCUUUGGGCUGGUGGAGCUGCUGUGUGGGGAGUGCCUUUCACAUGUUUCUAUAGUGAGGAAACAGCUGUGGGAUUUCCAGCUGUCCAUCAAUGAUUCCUCGGGAUUGGGAAGUCUAGCCUAUGUAUUGUUCUUUUGGGAGUUUCCCAGUGGUCACAGUUCUUUGGGCUGUUCGAGCUGCUGUGUGGGGAGUGCAUGUCACAUGUUUAAAUAGUCAGGAAGCAGCUGUGGGGUUUCCAGCUGUCCAUCAAAGAUUCCUCGGGAUUGGGAGGUCUCUGGCUAUGUAUUGUUCUUUUGGGAGUGUUCCAGUGGUCGCAGUUCUGCGGGCUGGUGGAGCUGCUGUGUAAGAAGAGGAGUGCCUGUCAAGUGUUUGCACAGUGAGGGAGCAGCUGUGGAGUUCCCAGUAGUCCAUGAAUGAUUCCUCGGGAUGGAGAAGUUUGGCUAUCUGUUGUUGUGUUGAGAGUGUCCUAGUGGUCACAGUUCUCUGGGCUGGUGGAGCUGCUGUGUGGGGAGUGCCUGUCACAUGUUUCUAUAGUGAGGAAGCAGCUGUGGGGUUUCCAUCUGUCCAUCAAGGAUUCCUCGGGAGCGGGAGGUCUCUGGCUAUGUAUUGUUGUUUUGGGAGUAUCCCAGUGGUCGCAGUUCUGCGGGCUGGUGGAGCUGCUGUGUGGGAAGAGGAGAGUCUGUUAAAUGUUUCCACAGUGAGGAAGCAGCUGUGCAGUUCACAGUUGUCCAUGAAUGAUUCCUCAGGAUGGAGAAGUCUGGUUACAUGUUGUUCUUUUGGGAUCAAAGAGUUCUGUAAAGCA